AUUCUGUGUCAAUGGAAAUCCCCGCAAAUUCAAUAUCGACUUACUUUCGAUUUCAAAUGCGUCAUUGGAAAUCUCCGUACAAUUCAUAUCAACUUACUUUUGAUUUCAACGGAUGGUCACAAUACAUAAAUUCGAACGAACAACCAUCUACAACGCCAUGCAUACCUCGAUAUCUAGUCAAAUCUAAUUGGUCUCGCCGUUGACGUUGUGUUACACGAGAUUGAAGAAGUACAGGUUGCGUUUAGCAAGAUGUGGAACCUUUCAGUGGAUAUGGAAGCCGCGCAAAGAGAAUCAAGGAUGCAGAACAAGGAAAGCGAUAUUGGUGUCAGAAGAGCGUCGAACAAAAAGCAUCAUCAAAACCUUCAAUCAAUCAUGCAGAUUCCAGAGCAUUUCGCAGAAUUGUCUAUUCGGAUGUUUGACGCACUUGACGACAGUGGAGCUGGGAAGGAAACUGUAUUGGAGCGGAGGAGAACUUUCUUGCGGAGGGAGCACAUUGAGAAAAUAGCAUUUCAACUACAAGGAAACAACAUUGAGUGUUUUCAUUUCGGGAGCCAGUCGGAAGGGACCACAACUCCCGGUCUCCAGUCUGAUAUUGAUUUCCUAUUGAGCUACAACAAAUGUAAUAUCAUGACAGUCUGGGAAGACUGGAGGACUGGGAUGUAUAACCUUCUGAUGCUCCACGACAACACCACUCCACCUCAGCAGUACUUGCUACAAGUCAUCCAAGACUACACACCGGAACCAGUGACCAGUCUGACCGAUGACUGUUUCGUAAGGAAAGAUUCUGGGCAAAUACUGUUCAGCGCUGAAAGAUGGAAAAAUAACAUCGCGUAUGAUACUAGAGAUCAAGUAUCAUGUACAUUUCAUGUACGCAAACCUCUUCCUGAAAUACAGCACUGGAUAGACAGAUGUAAAGGUAAACACUGGCCACCUGUUCAGCUUCUCGAGGCUGCACGGAUAGCUCCGUGUUUCCUGGUACCAGCAGGACAUCCAGACAGUGAUUACAAGCGAGAAGAAUGGCGACUGUCUCCAGACCUCAUAGAACGAAUGUUGACAUUUAGCUUCAAUAUGACUCAAAUAAAAUGUUACAUUGUUUUAAAACUUAUCAAAAAAUCAUUAUUUGCUUACAUUGUGGGGGAUGCUAUUACAAGCUUUCAUUGUAAAACUAUAAUGUUUUUCACCAUGGAAAGAACACAUCCUUCUCUGUGGUGCCAACACAACCUUAUGUCUGUACUUUUGCUCUGUUUACACUUAUUAAGGCGAUGGCUGCGAUUGGGAAGGCUUCCGCAUUAUAUCAUAGAAGGUGUGAACUUGUUCGAUGGGAAACUCUCAAAGUUGCUGCAGAAACGCCUUUUAGUGUAUAUAGCUCGUUGAUAAGUAAUAACUUACAAGAUGUUUUUUGUAUUGGUAUAGAUAAUAUAAGUUGUCGGUUACAAUCCUGUAGUAUGCGGCCCAUUGUACAGACUGGAGAACUAAGAGGUGUAUGCUUAAGAAACAGCAUUCGAUUACUGCUGAAGUUUGAGUGCUUGGAAAGAUUGAUUCAUGUGUUAAUUUACUUAAAACAUCAACAAAGCAGUUCUCAUAACACCUUCAUGCAACAUUUAAAAUAUUUAAUACGCACAUUUUUUGAAAAUUCAACGAAUGGCACAUCGAAAACUGCAGCUUUAGAAUGUAUUAAACACGUUUACACUUUACAAAUAUCAGUGCAAACAUCUUACUUUUUGCGACUGCGAAACGUUCUUGACGGAGAAAAAAUAAGGCGUGCCCAAUAUUCCUUUAAUUCGGAUGUAGCUUCUAGUCGCUUAAAGUUUGCUUCUAUGCUAUACUGCAGUGGUCAUCUUCAAGCGGCAGUACGAGUGUUGGAGGAUGUGGAGAGGAGGUAUCACAGCAAGGUCAAGGCUGUGUGUGCAUUUAGAAGACUAGUGGGAGACAGGGAUCUGAAGGUGUUUGCUGAUAUGCUAUUAGGCAACACUGACUCCAGUGAAAUGCCAUUCACAUUCUGUGUAAAUUUUUCAAGACAGGAAUCGCACUGUACCCCUUUCAUUUUAUUGUUUGAAAUGAAUCGCAAUAUCACUGAAGAGGAAGUGGCACAGAGAGAUUUCAGUGAGAAUAUCUGGAUGGACAGUGCUGAGGUGGAUGCUCGUCCGUUUCUAUACUAUCUGCAGUAUCUCACGUAUGGAGGACUCGGUGAACGUGACAAAAAGCUGCAUGCGUUAAGAAACUUGGUGUCUAACAUGCGUGAUAACAGACAUCAAAUCAACUUUUAUCACCUAGAGACUGCCGUAAACUUGUUGGGACACUGCUAUGAAAUGGAAGGAGAUUAUGAAAGAGCGUUGAAUUUUUACGAGCUGUCGUUGAGUAUUUGUGAUACAAACAAUGCCGCUAAUUGGCACGCCCGGCGUGUUCUGCGUCUUAUAAGCGGUUAAAACUACGAUACAACGAGUUUUCUUGAGUACACCAUUUACAUAUGAACUGUGCAUGUCUUUAAGAUGCUAUAAAUCAUGUAUCGAAUGUUAGAAAAUAUAAGGAAACGCAUUCUAUAUUUUGAAAUAUUAACAUUGUUGAUGUGUUCUUUUUGCACUAAUGAUUUUUUCAUAGAUGAAACUAUCUUGUACGUUCUGUAAAGUGCUUGUGUAUAAAGAUACAUACCUGCUAUAUGCUUGAGCUGAUUACAAUUUAUUGGGAAUAAAUGACCUUAAUGUUAUGUUAAUGUUAAUGUUAAUGACCUUAAUGUUAUAAAGUAAACGAAGUUAUCGAGAGCCUCUACAAUUAUGAAUAUACUUCUUACAUAGCCAUAUGAACAUUUAUAUGUAUACUUCAAGAGUAUCACACUCUAUUGUUCAAAUAGCCUAGGUGUUGUUGUUUUUUCAAAUCACGUUACAUUUGUGCGUUUUUCAAAAUAAUUCAAUGUUUAAAAUACUUGUCAUAUCAUAUGACAUGAAGUACUUAUAACGAAUAUUUUUGUAUGUCUUUCAUACACAUACAAUAUUUAGAAUGUAAAAUCAUAACUGUUCUCUUGCAAAAUAUAUGUCACCAAUAUAUGUAUAGAUAUAUCACAGUUUAAUAUAGUUAGUUUAAGGUAGAUUUAAGGAUGUAAUAUGUACUUAAGGCACAUGUUCGUAGGCAACUUUAAUGUUUUUUUAAUGAUUCCCAUCCUGUAUUUGUUUAGCUCCGCAACUUUAUGGUACAUGACGGUAAACGAUAAUGUGUGUUAAACUAUGUUCAUUGUUCAAGUAUGCCCCAACGACCUAUAUACAACCUAUAAUAAUUGUUUUCUGCCAGCCCACAUCUCACGUUUAAAGUUGGACACACAUAUGUAUAUUGAUUAGAUGUGUCCUUUAUUUCAAAUGAGCUACUUUUUAUAUUACUUAAUGUUUUAAAUAUUGUUUGUAUAAACAAUGCAUUAUAGUUAGUAUCAUGCAUAUAGAUGCCGACACAACUGUUUAAACGUUUUAAAUGUACCAUAAACCCUCAUUAACAUGAAUUCAUGCCUCAAAUUUGCAAAAGCGAUGUAUUGCUGGUUAUAUAUUAUAUUGAGAACAACAUGACACACAAUUGUGAUUUUUUACCAUUAGUCCCCUACUUCCUUAAGAGCAUCUCAAAUCCUGUACAAACACUGAGUUGAUUAUAAGUUGGUGUAAACUAUGUAGCAGCCACAUACAUCUUACAUAUAAUUGGCAACGCAAUGAGUUAUCGGUGUUAAAUAGUUCCAUGGCCAAACUGAUAACCUAAUUACUCGCAUUUUGCAUGAUAUAUAUAUAUAUAUAAGAACAACGAUAUUAAAGCACCGCUGUUGAAAAACGGGGUUUAAUGCACACGCGUAAAUUGCAGUCAAAGAUUAACAUGUGCAGUGGGCACCGGCUGAUCUGGGACGACUCUUUCCGUUGUUAUUGUGUGUUGUUUUCGUUUGAAAGAAGUAUAUUCCUAUCUGAAAAUCCAGUUAAGGCGAAAAUAGUCUAAAUUUAGCCUGUGUGCACUGCACAGGCUUAUCUGGGACGACAUUUAACGCACAGUCGUUAAGCCCCGUUUUCUUAUAUGCAUUUGACUCAGAGCUUCACACUUGGUGCUUACUAUCUUUUGAUAAGUUCCUUCUUGUCAAUCAGGUGAAUGUUUACAUUGGUCAGUUAUGUGAGUCAUCAGUAAAUAUGUGAUCCCUUGUUAUGCAAAUGCAUGUGAUAUGUUAAAACUGUUAUCAUCUGUACAAUAAAUAUUCAGCAGGAUC